UGGCAUGGCCACGGUCACCUCCUGGAGGGGGGACACGGCGGUGGUGACGGCCAGGAGGACAGAGCCGCACGAUGUCCCGGGCAUUAUCGCCCUCUUCAGCCCCGAGACAGAAGAGCUCUUCGGAAGGAUGGAUGUCACUUACCUCCUAGAAUUAUCAAAUCUUGCUUUGACACUCUGCAAUGAGAAGAAUGAGGUUUUAGCCCAUGCUGCCUUUCUGGACUAUCCGAAUUGGAACAUCACUGAUCAGGCUGAAUGGGAACCAUUCCUGCAUAGAAACUACACCAACAAUAAGUGCACUCCUUUGAACACUCUCUUCGUGCAUCUCUUCGUGGCAAAAGAAGAAUAUGCAGCUGGGUGUUCCCAAGAAAUUGUUAGGAGCGCUUUCAUCUUGCUACCAGAACUGCAGUUUAUCCUUCUCUUUGUACCACCUGAGGAGAGGUUAGGAUUUAGCCACGCAGAGCUGGACAUGGGGGAUGUCUUUGAAAGGAUGCUGCCUGUUGCAGGCUCACCCAUGGAGAGAGGUUUCACCUUGCUGAAGUGCCCCAGGCAGAGGUGCCACCCGCAGCUGGACGUUCGCCAAGCCAGGAUGGAAGACUAUGAUGAUCUCAUGCUAAUCUGGACACCUCAAAGUGAGACUCUGAAGGAAACCUAUGGUGAAUAUGUCCUUGUUGAUCUCCUAGAACGUGAAGGUGAAGAAAAUCAGGCAGCUGUUUGUGAGGUUGAUGGCACUGCAGUAGGAUUCAUGAGCUUAUGUUCUCACGUGAACAUUUCCUUGUUGCAAGAGUGUUUUGACUUAGGGCCUUUCCAUGGACUCUGUAAGCCACAUCCUGAGGAUAUUCUCAAAGUGCCACGGAAGCCAAGCGUUCAAGGAGAUGAAGAUGAAAGCAACCAAACGAGUGAAAAGCCAGAGCCUGUUUCUUCUGAAAACUUGGAGCGUGUUCCUGGUGCAGAUGCAGCUGUGCAGGUAAUGCUGCUGCACCCAGCACUGGCUCUCAGAAGUGAUGUCAGCAUUGAAGGCUCUGCAGCCUCAGCUGCGCCUCUCCUGGACACUGAUGGGGACGGGGAUUUUCAUCCCGUCUACAGGGGAACUUCAAAUGCUUUCUGCAUCCGUCUGCUCUGUAUCCAUGAGAAGUAUGAAAGUAGGUCGCUGGAUUUUUUGCAAUAUGCUUUCAGCGUUUUCCCAGACAGAGAGCUGUGUGUGAUGCUGGUGCCACAUCACGUCCCCGAGUCGUCCCUGCUGCGGAGCUUUGUUCGGGCCGUGCCCUGCUGCCCGUCACGGCUGGGCCGGGAGCUGUACGUGUUCCACAGGGCAGCACUCCUCAAGUCAUUUAAUGUAAGAAAAGCAGCAACCAGCGACCUACAGGGUAUAAAAACACUCGUUGAAACUCUCAGCUUGAAUGAAAGGAUAUGGAAUGACUCAAAGAUAUUCACUGAGGCUCGCAGGGAGCCAGAUGGGAUGCCAGUACAGGCUUUUGUAGCAGAAGUUUCGGAUCAAAUCGUUGGUGUUUGUGUCACUAGGGAUGAAAUGGAUAUUGAGUACAUUCGAGCACAUUACAACAUUGAGGACUUCAUUCAUUUUAAUCACCACCAGCAAGAGGACCAUGGACAUCUUUGCCACUUUGUCUUGAAUCCUGUAUUUCGUCACUAUACAAAAUACUUUCUAAAGGAGAUUCUUCGCUUGGGUCACAAAACUUCUCUUUACUACCCUGUUUAUCCAGAAUAUGUGGAGGGCAAGUUCCAGCGUCCCUGUGCCCAUUCCCUGACAUCUGCCCUUCAUUACAUGGCUCCCGUGCGGCCGAGACGACAGAUUGUCUAUCCUGGGCGCGAGCUGGGCGCGAGCGCUCCGCCCGGGCAGCUCUCCGAGGAUCAGCUGAAAUAUUCUUUGAACCACACAAACCGUAAGCUGGUGCUGCAAUCAAAAGUGUGUAUCAACACUAGAAUUGUGGUGGUUGGUGCAUCUGAUGUUGGAAUCUCUUUUCUGGAAACCCUGAUUUUUUGGCCACGUCUGAAAUUCAACAACCUGACCUUGAUUUCCACUCAUGGACUUCCAGGAAAAGACCCACAGAGCUCCAAGUAUAGAAGAUUUUUAAUUGACAGCCACUGCUUCAGUGAUGAAGAUCAUGCCCAGAUGUCACUCUGCUCCUGGGUGAACGUUGUGGUGGGGAAGAUGACGGCCAUAAAGCGCCGUGCCAAGCACGUCGUGGUGUCCGAGGAGAAGCCAGUGCCCUACGAUUACCUGGUUCUGUGCACGGGACAGAGCUACCAGCCCCUGGCUCCUCCUGCAGGAGCAGACGUGAUGGAAGUCCCGGCUCAGUGGGCACAGAGAUUCACGGGCAGAGUCCCUCCCAAUCACUUCACUCUCAACGACAGCCAGGACUGCCGGGAGGCUGCACGCUGGCUGCAGGACAACCUGCACAGCUCCCAAGGGAGCAUCAUUGUCUAUGGGAAUACAAUUGACAUUUACACCACGGUAGAAGCCCUCUUAUCCCUCGGGAUUGACGGUUCCCUCAUCCACCUCGUGCAGGGCUCUGGCAGCCCGUGCCUCGGGGACAGGGCGGUGCAGCUCCGGGUGCGGGAAGCCCUGGCCGAGGCGGGCGUGGCCGUGCACCCGGAGCACGUCCUGGCACGGUGGGGCCGGGGAGAGCACGGCCACAUCACCUGGGCAGAGUUCAGCAGUGCCACGGGGCCACUCCACCUGCAGUGUGCUGCAUUUUUUAGCUUUGCCUACAAGACCCUGGAUUUUGAAACCUUUAAGGCCCUCAGUGAUGCUUGCCUUGUUGUUGAUGGAAGACUUGUGAUUGAUGCCAAAUUCCACACCAAUGAUGCCAGCAUCAGGGCUGCAGGUCCUCUGACAAAGUUCUCCAGGAGAUACUACAGGGACGAUGUGACACACAGCAACUUCAACUCCAAGGAGAUUGGCUUUGAGCUUGCUGCUUCCAUGCUGAGUCUCUUUGAUCCAACCCUUCAGGCCAGCUCUGAGCCACCAGAAGGCUCAGACAGACUCAUCCCUGUAUACAAAAAGUGCAAAGUGCAAGGUGGUGUUCUUCCUGGAGGUUAUAACUAUUUGCACAUUUCCAAGCCUGGAAUCCCCACGCCCUUGGACAUAGAAGGUGACCCAUGUGAUCAUGGGACAGAGAUUGUGACUGGGGAGGCUGCUCAGGGGAAUUACUUCAGGCUUCACUUGAGCAGAUACAACACUGUGGACAGCAUCACCUGCUUCUGCAAGGAGCCCUUGCCCGUGUCCAACUACGUGUGCCUGUACGGGCAGCACGAGCGGCUGCUCAAUGACCUGUGCUACCGCCGGGGGGCCGGCCAGCUCCCCGACCUCUACAGCUACUUCAGGGAACCUUGGUCCAUGGCCAUCUAUCACGAUCGGUUUAUUGAUCUGCAGAAGGAACUGCGCCAAACCCUGAUGUCAGAACAGGUGUCCCCCGGCGCCGAGCAGCGCCCUGAGCACAGACCCGGGCCGCCGUCGCUGCGGGAGCCCGUGCUGCGCUACCUGCGCCGCCACCGCGCCCAGCUGCCCAUGUACGCCCCGACCGACCCGUACCGACUGCCGGCUCUGUAUGCUAAUGCGCCGCGGGCCGCCCGCCCGCCCCGCCCCGCGCCGCCGCGGACAAAGGGCUGCGGGAGCGGGGCCGCGGCCCGGGGCUGCCUCUCGCCGCCGCCCUGCACCUGCCGCGUCCUCGGCGGCGCCGGGCGCCUGUGCUUGGACGCAGACCGCGGCGAGCGGGGACAGGGGGACCCUCUGCCCGUCGGCCGCCGCGCCUCCGACCCGCCGCGCGGCGUUUCGGGCCGAAACCGAGCGCCGCCGUCGCCGUCCCUGCCCGUUCCGGACCCGUUAGGGUUAGAGUUAGGGUCAGAGUAA